UUUUUUUUUUAUUUUUUCAAACUGAGAAGAAACAGGGUCAAGAUGGACAGCAUAAAAGAAGCUGAAUCAGCUGUCUUCAUAGGUCUGGUGGUCGCUUUGUUCCUUCACCACACUGGUCGCUUGUUGCAGGCCAUCGAGGUUUACAAGGAAUGUUUGAUUAUAUUACACAGUCAGGCGCAAGCUAUGGAUAGUUCAUUGGCAAACUUAACGUUCAAAGGCAUCUACAUGGCAAUAGCCUGUGCUUCCAUUGACAUAAAGGAUUGCAUAAGUGCAGAAAAAUACCUCAGGAAACUCCUUCUAUACCUGGAUUCUAAUGACACCGCUAUAAAAGGAGGGAUAUAUUUAAAACUGGCAGAAAUACUUCAGGUACAAAGUGAAUUAAUGGAGGCCUGGAAAUUUUACGAAUCAGCAAUCAACAUCAUGAAAAUGGUGGGGAACAGAGAUGGCCAGGUGCUAUGUUACGCAAAACUCGGAGCAAUGUUGCUAUCGCACAGUAAAUAUGACAAAGCCCGUGAAUGUCUGGAGAAAGCACUCGCUAUCACAACAGAAAUUGGCGACAGGGAAGGAGAGGCAAUAAUCUACAGGGGACUAGGAAAUUUGUUCCAAUCAAUCUGUAAAUAUGACAAGGCCCGAGAAUAUCGGGAGAAAGGACUGGGUAUCAGAAUAGAACUUGGUGACAGGGAUGGAGAAGCAUCAAGCUACGGAAACCUAGGAACUUUGUUCCAAUCAAUCGGUCAAUAUGACAAGGCCCGAGAAUAUUAUGAGAAAGCACUCGGUAUCAGAAUAGAACUUGGUGACAGGGAUGGAGAAGCAACAAGCUACGGAAACCUAGGAACUUUGUUCCAAUCAAUCGGUCAAUAUGACAAGGCCCGAGAAUAUCUGGAGAAAGCACUCGCUAUCACAACAGAAAUUGGUAAAAGGGAUGGAGAAGCAUCAAUCUACGGAAACCUAGGAACUUUAUUCCAAUCACUCUGUCAGUAUGACAAGGCCCGAGAAUAUCAGGAGAAAGCACUCGCUAUCAGAGUAGAAACUGGUGACAAGGUUGGAGAAGCAACAAGCUACGGAAACCUAGGAACUUUGUUCCAAUCAAUCGGUCAAUAUGACAAGGCCCGAGAAUAUCAGCAGAAAGCACUCGCUAUCACAAAAGAAAUUGGUAAAAGGGAUGGAGAAGCAUCAAUCUACGUAAACCUAGGAGUUUUGUUCCAAUCACUCUGUCAGUAUGACAAGGCCCGGGAAUAUCUGGAGAAAGCCCUCGCUAUGAAAACAGAAAUUGGUGACAGGGAUGGAGAAGCAACAAGCUACGGAAACCUAGGAACUUUGUUCCGAUUACUCGGUCAAUAUGACAAGGCCCAAGAAUAUCAGGAGAAAGCACUCGCUAUCAGAGUAGAAAUUGGUAACAAGGAUGGAGAAGCAUCAAGCUACGGAAACCUAGGAACUUUGUUCCAAUCACUCGGUCAAUAUGACAAGGCACGAGAAUAUCAGGAGAAAGCACUCGCUAUCAGAAUAAAAAUUGGUGACAGGUGUGGAGAAGCAAGAAGCUAUGGAAACCUCGCAUGUUUGUGUUUCUCACGAGGCAUAUAUGCAAAGGCUGACGACUAUCUGAAGAAGGCAAUGGCAGUUAGAAAGGGUAUCGAUGAUAGAAGGGGAGAAGCAACAGACUACACAUGCCUUGGUGAAAUUUCUGAUAAGCGUGGUGAACAUGACGAGGCUCAAGAAUAUUACGAGAAAGCCCUUGCAAUUUGCAUGGACAUCGGUUAUAGAGAGGGAGUAGUGGCCAGCUAUACCAAUUUAGGAUUGUUUUACCAAUCGCUUGGUAAAAAUGACAUAGCCGAAGGAUACCUUAAGCAAGCUCUCCUAUUAAGUAGGGAGAUUGGACCCAAAUUGGACGAGUUUCGCUGCCUUUGUAAUCUAUCGGUGUUAAUGGCGUCACAAGGUCAUCUUGAAGAGGCUUCUUGGUAUCUUUUUCAAGGCAUCCAAAAGUUCGAAACUUUGAGAGGUUUUCUUAAAGACCACGAUGAGUUUCAAAUAUCUCUUUUCGAAAAGUACGGCACCUUUCCUUACAAGUCGUUAAGCAGGUUGCUUUCUUCCAUUGGAGAGCCUGAAGGCGCCCUUUACGUCGAGGAGCUGAGAAGGGCAAGAGGCCUGGCCGACUUGAUGAAAGCUCGGUACUCUGUUCAAGGGCAGAUCUCAUGCGAUCCACAAUCUUGGUGUGGCAUUCAAGGGAUCAUCAGAAAAGAAGCAGACUGUGCAUGCCUGUACAUUUCGGUCAGUGAAAAUGAUGUACGAUUCUGGAUAAUAAAAGCAACGGGAGCUUUUCUUUUUUCAGGAAAGAAAGUGAACCUGGACCCAAACAAGGUGACCGGAAUAGUCCCUGAGUUAGAUGAGUUUUUUAAAGAACUGAUGUCACCUCUUAACUGUCAUUACUAUGAUACCGAAGAUUUCAAAACAAGUCUUCACUUGUGUUACAAGAUAAUCAUUGCUCCCGUGGCCAGUUUACUGAAGCAGCCCGAGAUCAUAAUUGUGCCUGAUUCCUGUGUGUACCAUGUGCCAUUUGCAGCCUUGGCUGACGAAGGAGGCAAGUAUUUAUCAGAGACAUGCAGGAUUCGGCUGGUUCCCUCUCUCACGACCCUAAAGCUUGUACAAGACAGUCCUCCAGACUAUCACAGUCAGACCGGGGCUCUAAUAGUGGGUGACCCUGUGGUUGGAACGGUGAUUUACAAGGGAAGGUGCAGAAAAAUGAAACCAUUGGCGUAUGCAAGAAAGGAAGCAGAGAUGAUUGGAACACUUCUUGGCGUAACGCCUUUGAUAGGAGAGUCCGCUACAAAGCAUUCUGUACUCCAAGCGAUAAACUCAGUGAGCCUGAUACACAUUACUGCGCAUGGAGAUCCCGAAAGAGGGGAGAUUGCUCUUUCUCCUGAGCACCAUUCCCCACUCCCACCUUUUCCUAAAGAAGAAGACUAUCUUUUGACGAUGGCAGAUAUUUCAAAAACUCGGUUGCGAGCUAAACUAGUGGUGCUUAGUUGUUGUCACAGUGCUCGUGGAAAGAUUAGAACAGAGGGAGUUAUUGGAAUCGCCCGAGCGUUCUUAGGAUCCGGAGCUCGUUCAGUGUUAGUGGCACGAUGGGCCCUGGAUGACAAAGUCACAGAGCAGUUCAUGACUUGUUUCUACAAACAUUUGUACCGCGGUGAAAGCGCAAGUGAAUCUCUCCACAAGGCCAGGAAGUGGAUGAGAAAUAACGGCUUUGACAAAGUUUCUCAAUGGGCGCCAUUUAUGAUCAUGGGCGACAACGUGACAUUUGAUUUUGGAAAUUGGCCGGUGCCUAGCGCACCUUAA